AUGACGAGGCUCAGAGAUAGAGGCCGAGGCCUUCGUGGUGGUAUGGCCUUACCAGGCAGUGCCUCCCUGGGCCUCUUGGCCAGGUUCUUGCUGCUUCAGACGCAAUUGGGCGAGGCCCGGAUGGUUCCAGGGACGCUGUCUCUUGCUCCUCUCCCCUUGGAGGAUGGCCUCGAUGGCCUGGGUGCACGCCCCCGGGAGAAGCCCCUCACAGGGAUGCCUGAGACCUCGCAGGCCCCCCAGCCUGCGGGGGGCGUGAUGUCCCCUAACUCAGUGGCAUUUACUCCCGAUCACUCUUUUUCAACCAUAACUCUGUCACAGGAACGGUUUCCAACAUGGAUUCCAACCACUGCAGGUUGUGGCCGCAGAAGUUCAAGGAUAGUUGGCGGAAAGCCUGCCGAAGAGAGGAAGUGGCCCUGGCAGGUGAGCUUGCAGGUGGAGAACUAUCACAUCUGCGGCGGCUCCCUCAUCAGCAAAUGGUGGGUGAUGACUGCAGCCCACUGUGUGUAUGGCCAUCUGAAUUAUGUAGUAUCGAUGGGAGAGAUUAACCUGUCGUCCAAAAAUGCAGUCAACAUUCCUGUCCAAGACAUCAUUAUUCACCAAGAUUACUCUGUUAUGGGAUCCAUUGUGAAUGACAUUGCCCUUGCUCUGCUGGCCUUCCCUGUGAACUACACUGUCUCCAUCCAGCCUGUCUGCCUCCCUGACAGGGCUUUCUUGGUACAAGCUGGGACCCAGUGCUGGGUGACCGGAUGGGGCAGAACAUUUGAAAGAGGUAGAGCAUCAAGACAGCUUCGGGAGGUUGAGCUAAGCAUUAUUCGUCAUGAGCAAUGUGAUCAGAUUCUCAGAGAAAGCACAGGAAAACUAUUUACCCAAGUCCAAGAAGGGAGCAUCUGUGGCUACAGUGAGAGAGGAGGAGAUUCCUGCCAGGGAGAUUCUGGGGGGCCCUUGAUCUGUGAAUUUAAUGAAACAUGGGUGCAGGUGGGGAUCGUGAGCUGGGGCAUUGGCUGUGGUCGAAAAGGAUUUCCUGGCGUCUAUACAGAAGUGAGUUACCACAAAGACUGGAUCAUUAGAGAACUGAGUCGAGCUUCGUAUUGGAACUCAUCAGACUUCCUCAUCUUAAGCAUAUGCCUGGCACUUCACUUGGGCAUCCUGGUGACCCUGUGA